AUGCGCUCUCUUUUUCGCAGUUCCCCGCUCGCUCGGUGGACUGUAUACCAGCGCGCUUUACAACCAACAAUUCGCAACAUGAGCACUCCACCUACUACUGAAGUGCUAUAUGCGCUGACCGUGGCGCGCUCGCCGGCUAGGCCUAGCCCAGAGGAUGUACUGUUGAAAAGCCAUCAUACAGCAACAGGAUUCAGAAAUCCGUGGGAAUCUUUUCGCGAUAUGGAUUUUAAAGACAUCAUGCAAAUGUUGAUCUCUCGUCGAUUGACCGGCAAAGCGAAUGCGCCCGACACAACUCCACCAACAGUCACCGUUCGCAAACCCGAAUUCCUUCCCGACCGAGACACCCCAAAGCUCCGGGCGACAUGGCUCGGACAUGCGUGCUACUAUGUCGAGUUUCCAAGCGGUCUCCGAGUCCUAUUUGAUCCAGUCUUUGAAGCGCGAUGUGGACCAUGCUGCGGGCCAUACGCUCUUGGACCAAAGCGCUAUACUGAACCUGCAUGCCAAGUCAAGGAUAUUCCUGUUAUCGACGCGGUGGUUAUCUCUCACAAUCAUUAUGAUCAUCUAUCCUACCCAACAAUCUCGGAGAUCGCGAAACGGCAUCCCAAUUGUCAUUUCUUCGCCCCACUCGGCAACAAGUCUUGGUUCCACAGCUCAGGCAUCCAAAAUGUGACUGAGUUGGACUGGUGGGAUGAACGUGAUAUUGCAAUGUCACCCAAAGAAGAACAAAGCCUGCAGGUCGAAUCGGUUGGGCAAGCUUCUGCCAUGGCAGAUAUCAAAGCGCGCAUCAGUUGUUUGCCCUGUCAGCAUGUCACUGCCCGCAGUCCUUUCGACAAAUACAAAACACUAUGGGCGUCCUGGUCCAUUGAGUCUGGUGGUAGCAAGGUUUAUUUUGCUGGUGAUUCGGGGUACAGAGCAGUGGAGGAGCUACCCGAAGGAGAGGAUGAUUGGGAUCCCAAAUACGAUUUCCCCAUUUGUCCUGCUUUCAAACAGGUAGGUGAGUUCAGAGGACCAUUCGAUCUUGGUUUGAUCCCCAUUGGAGCGUAUGCUCCGCGUCAUAUUUUCAGCGCAGCCCAUUCAGAUCCCCGUGAUGCUGUUCAUAUCUUCCAAGAUACCAAGUGCAAGAAGGCCUUGGGUAUGCAUUGGGGGACUUGGGUUCUUACCGAGGAGGAUGUACUUGAACCUCCCAAGAAGCUCAAGGAUGCAUUGAAGAAGCAUGAUCUUCCUGAGACUGGUGUCUUUGAUGUGUGUGAUAUUGGAGAGAGCCGCGAGUUUUGA